GGUCGUAAGAGUUUACAGUCACAGUAAGAGUUAAUUCAGCAGUGGGGGGUUUUGAUCUCCUUGGCGUCUCGUCAGAAGCUCGUCUACUUCCUGAAAUGUUACUUUCUUUCAGUUUUCGUUUUGGUGCUGCUCAAACCACAGCAGCUUCAGCCUUAUUGCAUGAAGCAUGGCUGUGCAAUUCACCACCACCAACAUGAGGAAAGCGGAGGAAACGGUUCAGUCGCUCAGUGAGGCCAUCAAUACGGGAGACAAAGCCGAGGCCAUCCGAUGUGUAGAGCAGCUCCUUACGCUGAACGUGCCUGUGUGUAUGCGACUUACUCCGGAGGCCUAUUCCCAAGAGUGCAUCAGGUUGAGAGUUGGUGUUGAAGAUGCGCUGUCUGACGCCUACAUCACGAUGCUGGUGACUCCUGGCAUGACGAUCUCAGAGCUGAAACAGAAGGUUAGCCGAGACUAUGGCUUCCACCCGUCACUACAGUGCUGGAUCAUAGGGAAGCGUUUUGCUAAGGAUGGAGACACCCUGUUCAGCCACAACGUGACCUGUGAUGAUGAUCAGGCAUUUCUUUUCAUCAGGUCUGCCCAUUCUGCCAAUCUAAGCCAUGAACAGCAGAAACAAGAGGAGCAGAACAGGAAGAUAGGCGGUAUAAUUGAGAACAUUGAGGUGCUCAGUAGAGGUGCAGCAGAGUUGGGAGCACGACGCAAACGACCUCAAACACCUCCUGAACAAAAAACUCCCCGAAAGCCUCCUCCUAAACCAGUGAUAGGAUGGUCGUGUUUGCAGUGCACGUAUAUGAACAAACCCACACGGCCAGGGUGCGCAAUGUGCAGUGCUGAGAGACCAGAAAACUAUCAAAUACCAGAUAUAUACCAACCAGAUGAAGAGGAAACGCGCAGAAUUCAGCAAGAAGAGCUGGCCAGUCUACAGUACCAACAGUCCAUCAGAGAGGAGCGAGAGAAGAAUUUCCUCAGUCUGCUGGAGACCGACAAUCACGACCUUGUUAGUAACACAGAGGAGAUUUGCUGUCCCAUCUGCUGCGAGGAGGUCGUGGCAGGAGAGGGCGUCACUCUCCGAGAGUGCCUUCACAGCUUCUGCAGAGAAUGUGUGAAGAUGACCAUUCUGAACUGUGUGGAUGCAGAAGUGACGUGUCCUUAUGCAGAUGGGGAGUACUCCUGUGACUGCAAGCUUCUGGACCGAGAGAUUAAAACACUCCUGUCACCUGACGAGUGCCAGAAGUUUUUGGAGUUGAGGCUGAAUAUUGCCGAGUCACGCAGUGAGAACAGUUACCACUGUAAAACCCCGGACUGCCCCGGCUGGUGCAUAUUUGAAGACGAUGUCAACGAGUUUGCCUGCGACAUCUGCAAUGAAACCAAUUGCCUCCUCUGCAAGGCCGUUCACAAAGACAUGAACUGUAAAGACUACCAAGAUGACCUUCGCCUCAGGGCAGAGAACGAUGCUGCAGCCAAACGAACCACAGAGAUACUCGAGAUGAUGUUGCAGAAUGGUGAAGCCAUGUACUGUCCUAAAUGCAAAGUGAUCAUCCAGAAGAAAGACGGUUGUGACUGGAUCUGCUGCCUCAUGUGUAAGACGGAGAUCUGUUGGGUGACCAAACAGGCCAGAUGGGGUCCUCAGGGUAAUGGAGACGUCUCGGGUGGAUGUAAAUGUCGCAUCAACGGUGCCCCUUGUCACCCAAAUUGUCAAAACUGUCACUGAUCACAAAUCUACCUAAUCUGUGAUGGCACAUCAUAUUUUCACUAACACUCUGGAGUAAGGAAGUAACCUCUUCUGUCACUAGCAGACUGAUGCUAUUGUUCCAUAAGCAUGUAUCCAUAACACAAUCAGUUUAAUCAGUGGAAUUACGAAUCAUCAGUUGGGUAUGUGAUCACCUUUAUAUGAACUGUUUACAAAAAAAAAGGAUCAUUUUCGUUAUAGGGGUUUGUUAUUUGUAUAUAUUGAUGACCAAUUUUUUUUUAUCUUGGGUAAUGACCAAAGCAGAUGUUGCACAUUAAGCAUCAUAGCACUAAGAACAUUAGGUGGAUGAGAGAAUAUUUGUAGCAUUUCUGCGUUGUAGCUCUCCUCUAUCGUACAAGAUAGAACAUGCUUCCGUCGUGACACACGAAGCCAGAACUGCAUCUUUUCUAACUUCUGUGUCACAGGGCACACUACAGACGUCCAUAAUUAGCUAAUGUCACUGUGAUUGACGGGUUGAAAAAUGGAAUAUCAUCCCUCCCACCCAGCGAGCAUGGCCAAUUUUGCUUUCUUUACUCCUGGUCACGGAUGGCUAUGGCAUCAUGAGGAUUAAAACUCGUUAUCUCCUGAUAAUGGGGUGCCACUUGGGAGCUUUACAUAUUAAACCUCGUGCAUUAUUCUAUGUCAUUUAGUUCUUAUACAGGUGCAUAUGAAGUUAGCCUUCAAAUAAAGUUACCCCCUAAAAAUUCUACAGUUAGCCGUUAAAGGUAAACAUACAGUACGUAUCCAACAUGUUAAUGGUGCAUUAAUAAUAUGUGUAAAUUAUGAGACAUGAAUGGAAAAAAUGUGCAUUGUGUGUAUACAUGGAUCUUUCAUAACAUUUGCAAUAAUAAUCACUUGUGAAAUAUU